GCUGCUGAACUUCCUCGUUGCUGCCGCCCAAUAGCAGAGCGGCCCCUGAAAUGUAACUGAAAGAGAAAGUAAAAAGAGAAAAAGCUGAGGGAAGUUACUCCAUUAUCCUGCUUUAUCAUUCAGCGGCCAUGCUGGCUCCUACCUGCUGAACCGCCACCAGCGCUACAUUUGUCGACCAUCCUGCUCCCCACAGGUCGCUUCGGCCCCCCGCUGAGUUCAUCUGAGGUGACACCGGAGGAGGAACAUGUCCCGCGGCUCCAACGCCGGCUUUGACCGACACAUCACCAUUUUCUCUCCUGAGGGCCGACUCUACCAAGUCGAGUAUGCCUUCAAAGCCAUCUCCCAGAGCGGCCUGACGUCCGUCGGAAUCAGAGGGGCGGACAGCGUGGUGGUGGUCACGCAGAAGAAAGUGCCGGACAAGCUGCUGGACUCGUCCACCGUGACCAACAUGUUCAAUCUAACCCCUCGCAUCGGCUGUGUGAUGACGGGCCACAACGCGGACAGUCGGUCACAGGUUCACCGGGCCCGGGUGGAGGCCGGAGAAUGGAAAUAUAAGUUUGGCUAUGACAUCACGGCGGACAUGCUGUGCCGCAGGCUGGCGGAUAUUUCCCAGGUGUACACGCAGAACGCCGAGAUGAGACCGCUAGGCUGCUGUAUGAUCCUGGCGGCCAUGGACCCCCAGCAGGGCCCCGUCCUGUACAAGUGUGACCCGGCGGGCUACUACUGCGGCUUCAGGGCCACGGCGGUCGGCGCCAAACAGACGGAGGCCAACAGCUUCUUAGAGAAGAAACUUAAGAAGAAGCCAGAGCUGCACCAUGACAGAGCUGUGCAGCUGGCGAUAUCCUGCCUGUCCUCUGUGCUGUCGCUGGACUUCAAAGCCACUGAGCUGGAGAUCGGCGUGGUGACCAAAGACAAGCCCAAGUUCAGGACCCUGACGGAGGCUGAGAUUGAAGCCCACCUUGUUGCCAUAGCAGAGCGAGAGUAGAACCCCCCCCCCCCACCCCCACCCGCACAGAUAGCAGUCGACGAUUCUCCACAGCGUUUCAUAUCCAAGGGAGCUGCACUGCUGACCUUACAAAGAAGAACAGUCCUGCCUCGGUGUGUCCAGAAGAUGGAUCAUGUGCGUCUGAUCAUGAAACGCUGUCAUAAGGGGCUGAUCCAUGCUUGGCUGUGAUAUAGCUGACAUCUCCAGUGAGGUUCUUAAAUUAAACAUUCACACUUACAGUCCAACAUUUAAGUAGCUUAUUUGAUACAGUAUCAUCAUGCCUUUCUAAAUUCAACCAACCAGGGGACCUUUGUAACAGCACUUCAUAAUAAAACAUGCUGGAAAGCAGA